AGGGUUACAAUCUCAUUCUCACGACUUCCCAAAAGCUUUACAAGCGUCCUUGGUUACCGUAAACAAAGGCAUUAUGUAGAGCCUGGUUUUACAUGUUCCGAUAACACAAUCAGAGGUCUUAGUCCGGAACCACGCACUGGCAAGUCUCCUCCUCUCAAUCUCUGUCCAAAGUUGAGACCACAAUGCCAGACAAACUAAACCCUGUGGACGGUGAGGGUGUUCCCGUGCCCAUGUUCGGUCGACCCAAGUUGGACCCGAUCAAGGCGGGACAACGUCACCUCAACUUCCCGUUCAUCGACCCUCCCCGGCCCAUCGAGCUGGACUGGUCCUGGCGAAACCAGACCCGGCCCUGGUCCAACUUCGCGCCGCCCAGACCUGGGGCGAGCUACUCCUGGCCGACCGAGGCCCCAAACCCGAGGCUACGGCCCGAGCACGGCAACCCCCGAGGUCCGCAGUGGCCCCCGGAGGACCAGUGGCCGGCGUACCAGCGCCACCCGGCCCCGACGCCUCACACAGCCCGGGAUCCCGUCCCCAAGAUCGGCGAGAAGAACCUACCCUGGCCGAGGUCCGGGGUGUCGUGGAACGCCGUCACCACCGGCCCGGGGCCCUACUUCGGCGGGACCAAGGUACACGACCCCGAGGGUGACCAACUCUGGUGGUCCCUCCAACCUCAGUCCGGCUGGCCCAAGAUCCCCUACCCGUGGUUCACGGGGCGACCCGAGCACAAGAGCCGCGCCAAGCUCCGCUCAGACGUGCCCGAGGACUACUUCGCCGUGCUGGGCCGACACAAGAUGAGCUCCCACCUCAUCAACAGGUUCCCCUGGAAGGCGGAGACCGUGCUGUACCAGACCACGAAGGAGGGAUACUCACAUCCUAAAGUAGUAGCCCCUAGACUUACAGCAUAGAGAACAUCGGGACAAAACAAGGACUGUACAAUACUAAUGUUGAACUUGAACAUAAUGUUGAAGAAACGUAGGACGCACUGCUACCAAAGAAUGACAGUCCUUUAUUUUGAGAAAGAUGAAAAAUCUAGAAAGAUGGAGAGAAGAAACUUAGGACGCACUGUUACCAAAGAAUGACAAAAGGCUUUUAUUAUGAGAAAGAUGGAAAAUCUAGUUUAAGGGGGGAGAUUCUGAAGGUAAAAAUGUGCUACUUCCAACUCUUCAAAGAAGAGAUGAUUGGGCCCUUAACAGAUACGAUUGCGCAACUAUUUCAUACAAGGGGUCAACCUUUAUUUGAUGUAAACCUUAUACAGUAUUGCUUCCCCAAAUUUAGUUAAUUGUAUAAUUCAGUUGUAUAUACGUACACACAGUUUGUCUAAAACUUGCAUAUGUACAUCAAAGAUGUCAUGAAUGUUAGAGUGACACACACGACAUGUAUUUUCAUCAUCACCUUCAAAAAUAUAUGCAGUUGUUGAUUUUAAAAUGCUUGAGCUUUUUCACGUUGAGCUUGUUUGCUGAGGCACAAAUGCUGCUAUGAUUUAUGAAAAAUUAUGUUUUAUUGUCUUGCAUUAAUGAUAGUAAUUAAUGAUAUUAAGUCUAAGUGUAUUCUAAUUUGUCUUGCACAAAUAAACAUGUGACAUUUUAUGACUAUCAA